ACGACUGGGCAUUGCCCCCAGUUUCCCCCAAAUUUGGGCAUUGUCCCCGGGUCUUUCAACGGACUGGGCGUUGCCCCGGGACACUGGGGACUGCCUUUGGGGUCUCGCUCACCUUCAGCGGCGUCCACUGCGCUCCACAGAGCCUCUCCGGCCCUUCUCCUCGCAUCCUCCUGUGCCUGCGGACCCGACCUUCGGCCUUGCGGAGAUGGUUUCCUCAGAUCCCCAAAUUAUCGUGGUGGCCCCUGGGGCCGAACCCGCAUCUACGCAAGUUCGAUGCACUGAGGACGAGGGAACUGUUAUCCGGAUAUUCUGGGUGGGUCCCAAAGGCGCGCUGCUUAGACGCACUCCAGUGAGCUCUGGCUUACAGAUACCAAUGGGGAUCCCAAUGGGGAAGUCGAUGUUGGUGCUUCUCAUCUCUUUGGCCUUCGCCUCGUGCUGCAUCGCUGCUUACCGCCCCAGCGAGACCCUGUGCGGUGGGGAGCUUGUUGACACGCUACAGUUUGUCUGUGCGGACCGCGGCUUUUACUUCAGCAGGCCUUCAAGCCGUGCCAACCGUCGCAGCCGUGGCAUCGUGGAAGAGUGCUGCUUCCGCAGCUGCGACCUGGCCCUCCUGGAGACAUACUGUGCCACCCCCGCCAAGUCCGAGAGGGAUGUGUCGACCUCUCCGACCGUGCUUCCGGACGACUUCCCCAGAUUCCCCGUGGGCAAGUUUUUCCAAUACGACACCUGGAGACAGUCCUUCCAACGCCUGCGCAGAGGCCUGCCUGCCCUCCUGCGUGCCCGCCGGGGUCGCAUGCUCGCCAGAGAGCUCGAAGCGUUCAGAGAGGCCAAGCGUCACCGUCCCCUGAUCGUCUUACCACCCAUCGACCCCGCCCACGGGGGGAGUUCUUCGGAGAUGUCCAGCAAUCAUCAGUGAACCAAAUUGUUUGGUAAUUCUGCAAUGUAGUACCAUCACUCUGCGACCUCCUCUUGAGCAAGGGACAGUUCCAUCACGUCCACACUAAGAUCUCUCUGCUCCACUUCCUUCCCUAGGCUUCUCCCCACCUACCCCCAUGCCCCGCCUCCCCACAUCAGGCUACUCCCCUUGCCCCACACCAUCGGGCAACUCUUCAAAACCAAAUUGAUUGGCUCUAAACAACCUAAGUGACCCCCCAAAUUAUUCUUUAAAAAAAAACUUUAAAACAUACAGUCCCCUUUAAAACAAAUUGGCUUUUUAGAAACACCAGAACUGUUCAUUUAAAAAUUAAAUAACUAAAGAAAUCAAUUGGCUAAAAGGUGCUAAAAAUUAAUUGGCUUAGAAACAAUUGGCAAAAUAAAGUAAUUCGGCCCCCCCCUUCCUCUUCUUCCCAUUUGGAUCUUUAGUCAAAUUGGCUUAGACUUGGAUCUCAGAACCCAAGAAGAAAGGAAGGGAACCCAACAUUUUCCAGGUAGCAUGUCAUCGCUUCAGUGCUCUCUCCUUGUCACCACUCAGAUAGGGUGCUUUUAGAAUAAGCUGGCUGAGAACAACGGAAGCCACCCAAACUCUUUCUUCACUGGACAUUCCAUCACAAAUGUCACCAUGUCGCCAUGGCGCUGGGUGAAAGAAUCCCAGGAGAGGAACAGAGCAUUAAAACUGGAAACAAAACUUAAUUGGCACAAGCCCCCAAAUCCCAAAAUCUCACUUUUCUGUACCUACCUAAAAAGCACAUGUUUAUACACAUCCCUACAGACUCACAGACACGCACACACACACACACACACACAAGUAUGCGCCAUAUUUGCACGCACAUACACUACACUUACACACUCAUUCACGCAUCCAUACAGAUAUGAAUACCCCUAACAAUUAGAUGAGAAUAUUGAAAUGACUGAAUAACUCCUUUUAGAACCAUAUUGCCCAAACCAAGAUUCUUCCCAAAUUCCCUGAGCAGUUAGCAUGGUUUGAGCUCCCCCUCCCAAUCCAUCUAGUUUCUGCUGCUGCUUGUGGGCCCUGUGUAUGAUCUGGCUGUAAGUUCUAUCUUUCCUAGGGAGGGAGGUGUUCCUACAAGGCUCACUUUCACCUGAGCACCGGUCCCUAGGGACCACUACAGCGUGAGCCCAGUGCUCCCCAGCCCACCAUUGGGCCAGUGCCUAUCCAUGCUGUGCAUUGGCCUCUCCCAGUGUAGAAUAAGUUUGGCUAGAUAAGGAGAUGGCACUGCCAAGUGAGACAUGCUGCCCGAGUAGUCUGACCCCUGGGUGUGUUUUUAGGAGGAAAGAUCUGGGGGAUACCCCCUACCCUGAGCACACCUAUGGGCCAUCUCUGUCAGUCUCCUGGGGAGCCCCCCUACGGGGCUCCCCAGGAGACUCACACUGAUGGUGGGGAGUGUGGGAAGUCUGGCGGUUG